UGUGUACACUUUACUGUGUGACUGAAUUAGCAUCCAGAGAAUUGGCGUCACGUUCCAAGCUGGCACGGUGUGUGUGUGUGACGUUAAUUAGGGGGUGGAGUUAGUGCUUAAAGCCUGUGCUGUCAGUGGAGUGCACACACACACACACACACUCACACAUAGGCACACACACAGAGCGGUGGAGUUAAAGCCUGAACACCAUCGCUGCUCAUCAUCACAGCGCUGCUACUGCUGCUGCUGCUGCUGCUGCCGUGUGAGUGUGAGAGUGUUUGAGUCGAGUGAGUGAGUGUGUGUGUGUGUGUGUGUGCAGGUCUCUGAUCUGAUCUGCAUCCUCUCGCAGGGACUUUAGUCAACUCCACAUCCACCUGAAGCUUCUGUGCCGAGAAAAUCUCCAUCCGUCCACUUCUCAGACUCAGAGCUGCGGAGGACCGACACCACAGACGCAAAACACAGCUCAUGGCGUUGAUGGUGAACGUGUGCUGGAUGUUGGCGCUGAGUGCGUGCUCGGUGCUGACAGUGCAAGCGGAGUGCACUAAGGAGUGCGCACUCUGUCUGUACAGCUCUUUAGCAGCGCAGCAAGCAGACAGCAGCACCGGGCCCUGCACACUCGAGUGCGGAAGCAGCGUGGACCUGAGGAAGCUGGGACUCUGUCGGAACGCUCUGACCGAAGACGAGCGUGCCACCCUGGAUCAAAAACCAGAGCCUGACAGCGCCGAGCACCUUCUGGCCAAGAAAUACGGCGGCUUCAUGAAACGCUACGGUGGCUUCAUGAUGAAGAAGACCUCAGAAGACCUCACGAAGGACGAAUCCGACGGCGUUUCCGAGGAGGAGCUGGGCAUCCUGAGGGAGAUCCUGAGGGCGGGCCUGAACGCCAACGAGCCAGGCAAGGAGCUCCAGAAGCGCUACGGAGGCUUCAUGCGCAGGGUGGGCAGACCGCAGUGGCUCGACGAGAGCAAAAAUUACGGCCUUCACAAACGCUGGGAGGACGAGGGAGCGGAGGGCGUGUUGCCCGAGACGCACAAGAGAUACGGAGGCUUCAUGGAUUAGGAGCCGAUGCGAAGAUUCAAAACGGACACUCAUCGUCGCAAAACAAUCCCAAACGUGUGCAAAGCUUACGACUUCAUGUUCAUUUAUUAUUAAUGUAUUGACACGUGCCGAGUCGUUUUCUUUAUUUUGCUAUGUGCGAGUCGUUGCUAUGGGUGAUUCUUUGAGCGACUCUUUUAAGUGAAUCAGUUUAGUGAGUCAAUUCGCAAGCAAAUCAAAAUGUUUUGUUUUAUUUUAUUAAUUGAAUGGUGUGUACUUUUCUUCAGCGACAAUAAAAAAAUAUACGUUAAGCAGAGUAAAUUGAAAUAACAGCCUCUGUCAUGUUUAUUAUAUGUUUUUCGUUGUCUUGCUGAAUUAUGGUGCGUAAAUAGAUUCACGAAUCGAGCUUCGAGAGAUUCAACGUUUAAACUCAAUUUUGUCUAUUUUUUAAUAUACCGUGAAUGUAAUAAUGUCAUUAAAAAAACUAAAAAAAAAACUUGUCAUGUAGAUUAACAAUAAUAAUGUGAGCCCACGCUAUAGCUUGUUUAAUGGUGAACCGAACGAAUCAGCAUUCGAUUCAUUUAAAUAAGUAGUUCAAAAGAAUCAAAUCGCUCAAGUGACUCGUGAUGCCCAUCACUUCUUUGCUAAUGACUAUAUCUGCCUAAUAAAGUCUGUUCGGUAGUUUAAGUGUGUGUGCUUUAGUGGUUUAUGUUAACGUCUACACCAUGCCUAUAUCUAUACAUCCCUGAUUUUUGCACAAUAAUCACAACGUUGCUUUCUCCAUCGGGUAGUGAAGUGAUUCGUUACACAAAAUCAAGUGAAUUGUUUUGAUCUUUGAGUAUGUGCAAGAUUUCAUUUAAGUGUUGAUGAUGAUGAUGAUGAUGAUGAUGAUGUUGUGUAUCUCACGUUUAUCUCAUGAUGUGUUUCAAUCAUUUCUGACAGAUUGGCUGUACAGAGUACAAUAAAUUCAUUUGCCUGCAGGAAUCAAACGUGUGAGCUUGGGGUUUUUGGGUUAUUUUGGUGAAAUUAAUCUGAAUCAUUAUGCACACCACCACUGCAACUUCACCACAUAUCCCUAAGUUCACACGAGCAAGUCAGUAUCGCUACUGUUGUACCUUG